GUCAUUUUUCUCCCUUGGCAAUUUCUACUAUUUAUACUUUUUCUCAUCACGUGCAUGAAAAAACAAAAACCAAAUAAUAAUAAUAAUAAUAACUCAUCACUUUCUCUUUUGAAGUUUUGACUUCAAACAUCCAUCGUUUCUUCACCGUUUUCUUUCUAAGAUGGCAAGUGGGUUUGGGGAAUCAACAAGCAGGACACCCCCAAGCCCUCCUUACUCGAGCAACAAUAAUAACAGUGAUGCUGGAAAUUUCGAAUGCAACAUUUGCUUUGACUUAGCGCAAGAUCCGAUAAUUACGUUGUGCGGUCAUCUUUUCUGCUGGCCUUGUCUUUACAAAUGGCUUCAUUUUCACUCGCAGUCGCGAGAGUGUCCCGUGUGUAAGGCGAUGGUUGAGGAGGAGAAAUUGGUUCCUUUGUAUGGGAGAGGGAAAACGUCGACUGAUCCGAGAUCAAAGUCUAUUCCUGGUGUUAAUAUCCCUCAUCGUCCUGCCGGACAGAGACCCGAAACUGCUCCUCCGCCUGAGUCGAAUCCGUUUUCUCAACAUGGAUUUGGAUUCACAGGAGGGUUGGGGGGAUUGGGAGGAUUUGCACCGGCAGCGACUACACGAUUUGGAAAUUUUACGUUUUCUGCAGGAUUUGGUGGUUUUAUACCAUCUUUAUUUAACUUUCAGAUGCAUGGGUUUCACGGCGGGGCCAUGUAUGGUGGAGCAGCUGGUUUCCCUUAUGGGUUUUCUAAUUCAUUUCAUGGUGGGCAUGUUCAUAGAUAUCCCCUGCCAACAGGUCAAGGACAACAAGAUUAUUAUCUGAAGAUGCUGCUGAUGAUUGUUAUUUUUUGUGUGGUACUUGCUUUCAUUAUUGGAUAGAGUUCAAAUUACGGAUAGAACCAGACUUAAGUUCUUAUCGAUCUUCCUGUGUGCCUUUUUUCAUUAUUUAUUUUGUAACUGUGGGGUUGUUCAUAUCAUACUCUCUUGUUACUCUUGUAGUUUGUCUCUAAUUAGUUUAUCGAUCUUGAUUUGCAUCCUCAUGUAAAAUUUCAUUUCAAGAUCACGAAAACAAAUGCAGAUAUAGAUGUUAGUUUGAUGAUUAUUUACUGAAUAUAUAUAAACCUACCAGAGAUGGUUAUUGAAAUAA